CUGUGAGUGUUCAGACGGAUCCUCCUGGGGCUGCACUGCUGAUCUAUGUGUUGUGUAUCUAGGAGCGCUCCGUCCAUCGUAGGCGGGGGCAGCAGCGGUCCGGUCUGCAGCCAGCUGUGAGCUCUCACCAUCCCACCAAUACAUGCGUGUCCCUCAGAGCGGAUCUGCUGCUGCUGCUGUACAGACAGGGACGCCGAUCUGACCGCUGAUUCGCUGACAAACAGCAGGUGUCUACAUCCCACUGGUAAAUUCCAGGGAAGAUGUCUCAUCGCAGUGGGCAAGAGGAUCCGGAGCGGUACCUGUUCGUGGACCGGGCCGUUGUGUACAACCCAGCCACGCAGGCAGACUGGACGGCCAAGAAGCUGGUGUGGGUCCCCUCUGAGCGCCACGGCUUUGAGGGGGCAAGUAUCCGGGAGGAGCGUGGUGAGGAGGUGCUGGUGGAGCUGGCGGAGAAUGGAAAGAAGGUGGUGAUCAACAAGGAUGACAUCCAGAAGAUGAACCCACCCAAGUUCAGCAAGGUGGAGGACAUGGCUGAGCUCACCUGCCUGAAUGAGGCGUCAGUGCUGCACAACCUGAAGGAUCGCUACUACUCCGGACUCAUUUAUACAUAUUCUGGUCUUUUUUGCGUGGUCAUCAACCCUUACAAGAACCUGCCCAUCUAUUCAGAGAACAUCAUAGAGAUGUACAGAGGAAAGAAGAGACAUGAAAUGCCUCCGCACAUUUAUGCCAUCUCAGAGUCAGCGUACCGCUGCAUGCUCCAAGACCGAGAGGACCAAUCAAUCCUUUGCACAGGUGAAUCAGGAGCUGGCAAGACUGAGAACACAAAGAAGGUCAUCCAGUACCUGGCCCAUGUUGCCUCCUCACACAAAGGACGCAAAGACCACAACAUUCCAGGGGAGUUGGAACGUCAGCUCCUACAAGCCAAUCCCAUCCUAGAGUCAUUUGGCAAUGCCAAGACUGUGAAGAACGACAACUCAUCCCGUUUUGGGAAGUUUAUCAGAGUCAACUUUGACGUAACAGGAUACAUCGUUGGAGCCAAUAUUGAAACCUAUCUUCUAGAGAAGUCCAGAGCCAUCAGACAGGCAAAAGACGAGAGGACUUUCCACAUUUUCUACCGCCUGUUGGCAGGAGCUGGGGAGCACCUUCGAACUGACCUGCUUCUAGAGGGAUUUAACAGCUACAGGUUCUUGUCCAAUGGUAACAUUCCCAUCCCGGGACAGCAGGACAAGGAGAACUUCCAGGAGACAAUGGAUGCGAUGCACAUAAUGGGCUUCACCCAUGAUGAGAUAGUCUGCAUGUUAAAGGUGGUGUCUGCCGUGCUGCAGUUUGGCAACGUUGUGUUCAAGAAGGAGAGGAACACCGAUCAAGCCUCAAUGCCUGAGAACACGGCGGCGCAGAAGCUCUGCCACCUGCUUGGUAUGAAUGUUAUGGAGUUCACCCGAGCCAUCCUCACCCCGAGGAUCAAAGUGGGACGUGACUACGUGCAAAAAGCACAGACCAAAGAGCAGGCUGACUUUGCUGUUGAAGCCCUGGCCAAGGCGACGUAUGAGCGGCUGUUCCGCUGGCUGGUCCACCGCAUCAACAAGGCCCUGGACCGGACCAAACGACAGGGGGCCUCCUUCAUUGGCAUUCUGGACAUUGCAGGCUUUGAGAUCUUUGAGCUAAACUCUUUCGAGCAGCUCUGCAUCAACUACACCAACGAGAAGCUGCAGCAGCUCUUCAACCACACCAUGUUCAUCCUGGAGCAGGAGGAGUACCAGAGGGAGGGCAUCGACUGGAGCUUCAUCGACUUCGGCCUCGACCUGCAGCCAUGCAUUGACCUCAUUGAGAGGCCGAAUAAUCCUCCAGGAAUCCUGGCUUUGCUUGAUGAGGAGUGCUGGUUUCCCAAAGCCACAGACAAGACCUUUGUGGACAAAGUGCUGCAGGAGUUAGGCACGCACUCCAAGUUUCAGAAACCUCGGCAACUAAAAGACAAGGCGGACUUCUGCAUCAUCCACUAUGCAGGGAGGGUGGACUAUAAAGCUGAUGAAUGGCUCAUGAAGAACAUGGAUCCUCUAAAUGAUAACGUGGCCACACUGCUUCACCAGUCCACAGACAAAUUUGUGUCCGAGCUCUGGAAAGAUGUUGACCGGAUCGUGGGUCUGGACCAGGUGGCAGGCAUGAACGAGACGGCAUUUGGAGCUGCCUACAAGACCAAGAAAGGCAUGUUCCGCACCGUUGGACAGCUGUACAAAGAGCAGCUGUCCAAACUGAUGGCAACGCUCAGGAACACAAACCCCAACUUUGUGCGCUGCAUCAUCCCCAACCAUGAAAAAAGAGCUGGUAAAUUGGACCCCCACCUGGUUCUGGACCAGUUGAGAUGUAAUGGUGUGUUGGAGGGGAUCCGUAUCUGCAGACAGGGAUUCCCCAAUCGCAUCGUUUUCCAGGAGUUCAGACAGAGAUAUGAGAUCCUGACUCCUAAUGCCAUUCCCAAGGGUUUCAUGGAUGGCAAGCAGGCCUGCGAGCGAAUGAUUCAAGCACUUGAACUUGACGGCAACCUCUUCCGCAUCGGCCAGAGCAAGAUCUUCUUCAGAGCUGGAGUCCUGGCUCACUUAGAGGAAGAGAGGGACCUGAAGAUCACAGACAUCAUUAUUUACUUCCAGGCCGUCUGUAGAGGAUAUCUGGCGCGCAAAGCCUUUGCUAAGAAGCAGCAGCAGCUCAGUGCCCUAAAAGUCCUCCAGAGAAACUGCGCUGCUUACUUGAAGCUGCGUCACUGGCAGUGGUGGCGACUCUUCACCAAGGUGAAGCCCCUGCUGCAGGUGACCAGGCAGGAGGAGGAGAUGCAGGCUAAAGACGAGGAGCUGGUCAAAGUGAAGGAGAAGCAGAUGAAGGUGGAAGGGGAGCUGGUGGAGAUGGAGAGGAAGCAUCAGCAGUUACUGGAAGAGAAGAACAUCCUUGCGGAGCAGCUGCAGGCAGAAACAGAGCUAUUUGCAGAGGCAGAGGAGAUGAGAGCUCGGCUGGCAUCCAAAAAACAAGAACUGGAGGAGAUCCUGCAUGACCUGGAGUCCAGGCUGGAGGAGGAAGAGGAGAGGAGUCAAGGACUGCAGAAUGAGAAGAAGAAGAUGCAGUCCCACAUCCAGGACCUGGAGGAACAGUUGGAUGAAGAGGAGGGUGCAAGGCAGAAACUUCAGCUUGAGAAAGUAACUGCUGAAGCUAAGAUGAAGAAGUAUGAGGAGGAUAUUUUACUGUUGGAGGACCAGAACUCCAAAUUCCUAAAGGAGAAGAAGCUGCUUGAAGACAGAAUCAACGAAAUGACACUGAUGUUAGCUGAAGAGGAGGAGAAAGCCAAAAAUUUAGGGAAGAUAAGAAACAAGCAGGAGAUGAUGAUGGUUGACCUGGAGGAGAGACUGAAAAAGGAGGAGAAAACUCGUCAGGAGCUGGAGAAGGCUAAGAGGAAGCUCGAUGGAGAGACGUCUGACUUCCAGGACCAAAUAGGCGAGCUGCAGUCACAGAUAGAGGAGCUGAAAACUCAGCUGAGCAAGAAGGAGGAGGAACAGCAGAUGAUGCAAACCAGAGGGGAGGAAGAGAUCAACCAGAAGAACAACGCUCUGAAGCAGAUCAGGGAGCUGCAGGCCCAGCUGUCUGAGCUGCAGGAGGACCUUGAGUCAGAGAAGCAGGCCAGAAACAAAGCUGAGAAACUCAAGAGGGAUCUGAGCGAGGAGCUGGAGGCCCUGAAGACGGAGCUGGAAGACACCCUGGAUACGACUGCAGCGCAGCAGGAGCUCAGAACCAAACGUGAGCAGGAGGUGGCGGAGCUGAAGAAAGCCAUUGAAGAGGAAACUAAAAACCAUGAAGCUCAGAUUCAGGAGAUGAGACAAAGGCAAGCAACCGCCCUGGAGGAGCUGUCAGAACAGCUGGAGCAGGCCAAAAGGUUUAAAGCUAACUUAGAAAAGACCAAGCAGAGUCAAGAGAGUGCCAACAAGGAGCUGACCAAUGAAGUGAAAACCUUACAGCAGGCAAAGACAGAGUCUGAACACAAGAGGAAGAAGCUGGAGGGUCAGCUGCAGGAGUACAUGGCCCGAGUCACAGAGGGGGAGAGGGCCAAAGGGGAGCUGGCUGAGCGCACGCACAAGCUGCAGACUGAACUGGACAAUGUGUCCGCCUUGCUGGAAGAUGCAGAGAGGAAGGGGAUCAAGACGGCCAAAGAUCUUGCCGGAUUGGAGAGUCAGCUGCAAGACACGCAGGAGCUUCUCCAGGAAGAGACGCGCCAGAAACUGAACCUGAGCAGCCGUGUUCGCCAGCUGGAGGAGGAGAAAGCCGCCCUGCAAGAGCAGCAGGAGGAGGACGAGGAGGCGCGCAAGAAUCUGGAGAAGCAGCUGUUGACAGUUCAGGCUCAGCUGUCAGAGAGCAAAAAGAAGCUUGAGGAUGACGUCGGGACGAUAGAAGGCCUGGAGGAGACAAAGAAGAAAUUGCAGAAGGAUCUGGAGCUGUCCAACCAACGCCUGGAAGAGAAGACGAUUGCUUUUGAGAAGAUGGAGAAGACAAAGACUCGUCUUCAGCAGGAGCUGGAUGAUCUCACCGUUGACUUGGAUCAUCAGAGGCAGAUCGUCUCCAACCUGGAGAAGAAGCAGAAGAAGUUUGACCAGAUGCUGGCUGAGGAGAAAAGCAUCUCAGCUCGUUAUGCUGAGGAGCGGGACCGCGCAGAAGCUGAGGCCAGAGAGAAGGAGACCAAAGCUCUGUCCAUGACCCGAGCUUUAGACGAGGCCCUGGAGGCCAAAGAGGAGCUGGAGAGGAUUAACAAGCAGCUCAGAGCUGAGAUGGAAGAUCUGAUGAGCUCAAAGGACGACGUUGGCAAGAACGUCCAUGAGCUAGAGAAGUCCAAGCGCACUCUGGAGCAGCAGCUGGAGGAGAUGAAGACCCAGCUGGAGGAGCUGGAGGACGAGCUGCAGGCCACAGAGGACGCCAAGCUGCGUCUGGAGGUCAACAUGCAGGCCAUGAAGGCGCAAUACGAAAGAGACCUUCAGGGCCGGGAUGAUCAGAACGACGAGAAGAAAAGAGCGCUGGUCAAACAGGUGCGAGAAAUGGAAGCAGAGCUGGAGGAUGAAAGAAAGCAGAAAGCUUUGGCUGUGGCUGCCAAGAAGAAGCUGGAGAUGGACUUAAAGGAUAUAGAGGGACACAUAGAAGGAGCCAACAAGGCUCGCGAUGAAGCCAUAAAGCAGCUACGCAAGUUACAGGCUCAGAUGAAGGACUAUCAGAGGGAGCUGGAGGACACCAGAGCCUCCAGAGAUGAUAUCUUUGCCUUGUCUAAGGAGACGGAGAAGAAACUUAAAAGCCUGGAAGCGGAAAUUGUUCAACUACAUGAGGAUCUGGCAGCUUCUGAAAGGGGUCGCCGCCAUGCAGAGCAAGAGCGAGACGAGCUGCAGGAUGAGAUCUCCAACAGCACUUCUGGAAAGGCUGCCCUGAUGGAUGAGAAGAGGAGGCUGGAGGCUCGGAUCGCUCAGCUGGAGGAGGAGCUAGAGGAGGAACAGGGCAACAUGGAGCUGCUCAAUGACCGCUUCAGGAAAACAAACAUGCAGGUGGACACGCUGACCACCGAGCUGAGUGUGGAGCGCAGCGCUGCGCAAAAGAGCGAAAACGCUCGCCAGCAGUUGGAGCGCCAAAACAAGGACCUGCGUGCCAAACUGAGCGAGCUGGAGGGUUCAGUGAAAAGCAGAUUCAAGGCCUUCAUCACCGCUCUAGAGGCGAAGAUAGUGCAGCUGGAGGAACAGCUGGAGCAGGAGGCCAGGGAGCGAGCAGCAGCCAACAAGAUCGUAAGGAGAACAGAGAAGAAGCUGAAAGAAGUCUGCAUGCAGGUGGAGGAUGAGCGUCGCCAUGGUGAUCAAUUUAAGGAGCAGCUGGAGAAGGCUAACUCCCGCAUGAAGCAGCUGAAGCGGCAGCUGGAGGAGGCGGAGGAGGAGGCCACCAGGGCCAACGCCUCCCGCAGGAAGCUGCAGAGGGAGCUGGAUGACGCCACAGAGGCCAGCGAGGGCCUGAGCAGAGAGGUUCACACUCUCAAGAACCGUCUGAGACGCGGCGGCCCCAUAACCUUCUCCUCCAGUCGCUCGGGCCGACGCCCCCUGCAGGUGGAAGGAACCUCCUUGGACCUACUGUCAGACGAUGAGCUGGAAAACAAGAUCACUGACAACAACGCCAACGAGACGCCAGCCCCCCAGCAGGAGUAGAAGAACCUUCUCCUCUCCCUUAUAUCCAUAUAACUAAGCCGCAACAAUCCUUCAGACUUUACCUGCUUGAACAGGGAUCCUCUUCUUCCUUUAUUACUUCUGGUUUUAAUGAACUUUCCAACAAUUCUUUUGUUAAUAUUUCGCAAAUGAGUUCCCAUCCAAUUUUAGUCCGAAGCUCUUUUAUUCCUCGCCUAUAUCAGAUAUCUCAUAGUAGACACCAGCAUUUGUACCCCAACGCCCUCAUUACUACUCCUGUAAAGUUUACUUUUAACAAGUCACCACUCUGUGUUUAGCUACAGAGCUGCAGGUGAAACCUUAAAAGCACGAAACCCUGCAGCUUUUAAACAGGAAAAGCAGAACUUGGUGGGCGAAAGAUUCAGGUAAACAGCACUGCAAAAUUUGAAUUAUCAGUUAGGAGUAGAUUGUGAUACAAUACUUUGCAUAAUGGUUUUAGAAAACACUGAACAUUUCCUCAUUUUGUCACACUACACACUACACAGGAUUUUUUUGGGAUUGCAGCACAAAGCAGGAUGUAGUCGUGAAGUCCAAGAGAACUGAUAUAUAAUCUGUGUCUGUAUAUCUAUAGGAUAUCCUGCUGGAAGGUGAACUUCAAGUCUGCUGCAGCUGUAUAAAAGUGCAUCUAACCUGUUUAGAUGGACCUUUCAAAGUAAAGCAGGCUGCAUACGAAUGCACAACACAGCUCGCUGUUAUACACAGAUUUUAAUUGAUCAGUCACAUAAAAUCCUAAUUAAACACAUUCAAUUAGCGGUUUUAAGUAGACAAAAUGUAAAAAUGUUCAGUGUUUCUAUGCAUUUGUAUAAACAGACACAUCAUGAAUCUUUUGUUAUUGAAAUGCAGUAUCUCGCAGGGGUGAGUUUAACCCUCACAUAUUUGUAAACAUUUUAUCCCAUCUUUAUGGGACGACACUGGAAAACAGUGGAAGUUAACCCCAUGGUAGAUAACUCAUUAAGGACCUAAUUGGGUUACAUAAAGAUGCUUUAGACCAUAAGAAGAUUGAUAACAGCCUGAAACUGAGCUGCAGCUCGGUUGGCUGGCUCGGUUUAACAGGUACAGGCUCCACUCAGAACAGGCUUCAUCAUGGAAGACCAAAGAAGUUAAGUGUAGAGAAAAAAAUCUGUGAAAUUUUUACUGCAUUCAAUUGGUCUGCAUGACUGGUAUUUAAGAAGGAAACCUCUAAGGAUGACAAACCAUAAAUUAGUUUGUUGAAGGCAGAGUUAAUGUUGAGGAUUACCGUAAACCAUAUCAUGCUGUCUGAUGAAACCAGGAUAAACUUUUUGGUUCAGGUGGUGUUCAACAGGUCUAGUGAUAACCAUGUUUUGUAAAAGCACGGUGGUGGGCGUGUCAUAGUUUAGAGCUGCUAUCUAUGAGGCCCUCAUACCUCAGACCUGUUUACCGAAUGCAUUCUUGGUAAACCCGUUUACCCGUUAGCUCUAUGUACAGGAGUGCUGCGACACACAUUUCUAGUGACGCCAGAGGCGCGAUUUUGGAGAUUCAGUGAUGCAGCAGACGCACAACACCUGCGAUGGAUGCAAAGCAACAGUAGCUGGGAUGGAAAAAUCUAAAUUGGGGACCGGAUGCAUCUGAGGCAGGUUGAAGGAGCGCAGCAGAGAUCCCGUUUUAUCAAUCAAAAUGGAAGACGGAAAAAAUAAUGUUGACACAAGAUGAAAUAAGGAAAGCCCCUAAGAGUUUGUGGUUGGCUUUUAAGAAAAAAAAAAUCUAAUUAGCUCUUAAAAAGACUAUUAAAUCAUUUAUCAUGUCCUCCUCUUGUAUUUCCAGUGAGAGGCACAGACAGUCUAUGCCCUUCGUCUUUCUCCAGUCUAUUGCUUUUCUGUCUGCACUCACCCUAAUAUUGGUUUGUUAAAGAAACUAAUAGUGGUGAGCAUGCAUACAGACAUAAGCUGUACUGAGGAUCUGUGAGGCAUCCUCAAACAGAAGCUGGAAAAAUCUAUGUAUUUUGCUGACAACAUAAAGUUGGCUAAAAGCCAUAAAGUGGAUACCAGUAGGAACCUGUGAAGCUCCAGUAAAGCUCCAAGUUAAGCCUGGAAAAUAAAGGUGACCAUGUGACAUGUUAAAACUUGGGUCAAUUAUUUUUUUUUAUGUAUGUGUGUUGAUUUUAAGGAGAUAACAAAUUUACCCUAUUUUAUAAGCUGCUCCUACUACUUUAAUGUAGAUCAAAGUGUCAUAUCUUUAUUACUGUCCCAUGGAAAGAUGAAAUUCAAUACUUACAAAUAUGUUGGGGGUUUUCACACUUUUAUGAGAUACUGUACUUAAUUCAGCUUAAAGCACCUUGUGAAUGUGUUUAGUUGGGUCAGCUGAGCUGUAAUUUAAGUCAUCAGUUAGGAUCGCUUGCUUUCACAUGAAUAUGGAGCUGUGACUCUGUGCCGCCUUGUUGCCUCAGUGCUACAUAUCUUUGCUAUUUCUUCUAAUGCUUGACAGCAGGUCAGUGUUGACUCGAACCCGUUCAGUGUGAGUGCUAAAAAAAAACAGCAAUUGUGCUUUUUCUUCCUUUGUGCCUUUCUCCUUUUCCUGAAGCUGCACAUCUGUUUGUAUCACAUAUAUAAUGUAACCAAGUAUAAUGUGUUGAAGGUAUUUUUCUUUAAAAAAUAUCAUGCAUUUGCAUAUUUAAUGAAAUAUUAGUUGCAACCCAGCGAAUGUCUUCCUCCAGAGUUGUGUGUUACCUUUAUAAAUGAUGUGUAAGCAAUGAGGAAAUCUUUGUAGACGGGUGCUAUGACUUUUCUUAUAGCUUUUUGUACUCAAAUGAAAACAAUCCGAUAGACUUUGACUGUAUUUAUAUCUCUGCUCUUGUUUACAAUACAAACUACAUUCAUAUUCCAACUGCUCGGUAUUGCACAUUGAUCCCUAAGUCCUCUGAUUUUGAUCACAUCUGGUUAUUAUGAUUUGCAACACCCCAUUUAUGGACAUCCCUGGUAAAAAUGUGUAAAAGAAAAA